AUGCUUUCAACUUUAGUUAAAGACGACUUUUCUGUCGAUCAACUAACACCGUAUUGCCGACCAGAAAGUAUUUCAAAAAUAUGCAAACUGACAAAAUUUUCCUCAAAAGAAGUGAAAUUUAUCUACCGAGCGUUUAAACAAGGAUAUCCAUGUGGUACUAUAACCCUCGAACAAUUCCAACAAAUUUAUGCCCAAUUUUUUCCAUUUGGCAAUUCUCGGAAAUACGCUGAAUAUGUUUUUAGAACUUUUGAUCGCGAUGACAACGGUAAAAUUAAUUUUGAAGUGAGUUUAAAGGAUAAGGAAUUCAUAACCGGACUUUCAAUUAUAUCGAGAGGAACGGUAGUUGCAAAAAUGGAGUGGAUAUUUGAUCUAUAUGACAUCAAUCGCCGAGGUCUCAUUUCACCUGAUGGAUUAUUUCGCGUCAUACACUCAAUUUAUCAAUUGCUUGGUCGCAAUAUUAUCCCACCAGUUGACCGACAUAUUAUUGAAACUCAUGUUUUCGACGUUUUCAAGAGAAUGGAUAAAAAUAAUGAUGGGAUUGUGACUAGGCAAGAAUUUUUAUCAACUCUUCUGAAAGACGAAGCUCUUUGCCAAUCGUUCAAAUAUUUUGAUACCCGUUUUUGA